GGUAAUUGUUUGCAAUAUAGCUAGCUAGCUGGCUGGCUAGCUAGCUUUUAGUUAGAAUGAUUGUGUAGAAAGUUUUCUGGGCUGCAAAUAACAUUACAGACAGAAAAUCGACAGGACACCUGGACAUUUUCCCCCAAAUUGUUCUGUCCGCUUUUUUAUUCGAAAUUGUAGCUAGGUGUUUGACGUUAGCACAUGGAGCUGCCAUGAAUUUUUUAAACACCGGGGAAAUGACAGAGCUGAGACACGGGCAGGAAGAGGCAUGCAGAGAAUCAGAGGUGAAGAUUCAGGGGGGAAAGGAGCAGGAGGACCAGGAGUGUGCUGCAGAUUCACAACACGAAUGCAAAACAGAAGAUGGUGACUCCAAGGAGCAGGAGAAGGACUGUAAAGGCGAUGACGAUUCAGAAGUUGCUGCUACUCCAGAAACACAGAAGGAGAAGGAGAAGGAAGCAGCAGACUGCUCAAAGAACUCUGUCAGAAAGUCCCGUGAUUCUGACAAAUCGCUGCUGUUCCAGCGGUUGGUUAAGCUGUUUUUUGGUUGCCUAGCAGCAGUGACAUGUGGCAUGAUGUAUGCCGUGUACCUCUCCACAUACCACGAGAGAAAAUUCUGGUUCUCCAGCAGACAAGAACUGGAGCGUGAGAUCACCUUCUUAGGUGGCAGUGGCCUCUACUAUUAUUACUACAAGCACAUGCUGACAGUACCAUCCUUCAAGAGAGGGAUGCAUGAGCUAAUGCGGGAUAACAGAACUGUCUCCUCUCAGACCAUCAAUGCUGUGGAGCAGCUGUUUCUCUACCCAGAGCUCAUCACCAGCUUCUUGUACAGAAUCACAGGGAGCCAGGACGUGAUAGAGCCAGUGUACUUCUACAUCGGAGUGGUGUUCGGCCUGCAGGCGGUGUAUGUGACCGCGCUCUUUGUGUCCAGCUGGGUCAUGAGUGGCACUUGGGUGGCAGGCAUGCUGGCGGUGGCGUGGUACGUCAUCAACAGACCGGACACAACCAAAGUGGACUAUGCCAUUCCAUUAAGAGACAACUGGGCCCUGCCUUUCUUUGCCUGCCAGGUCAUGGCCUUAACUGGAUUCCUUAGGAAUAGCAUUAACUCUGCCACAGAGACCUUCUGCUAUCUCCUGAUGGGGGCCUCCACCUUCACCUUCAUCCUGAUCUGGGAGCACAGCCACUACGUCCUCUUUGUCCAAGGCCUGGCCCUCUUCCUGCUUGACUGCUUCGACCUGGUGCAGCCUCGCAAGAUGGGAGACAUUCAUAAGGUGUACCUGAGCUCGGUCUUCCUGGCCUACAUGCUGCAGUUCCAGAACCCCGUCCUGCUCAGCUCUCCGCUGCUCAGCCUCCUCACCGGCUCUGUGCUGGCCAGGUACCUGCAGCACAACAUGAAGAUAGGCUCCCCAGUAGCCAGGUUAAUGAAGAUCCUGCUGCAUUUCUACCUAGUUUUUACUAUUGGAAUCACUUUCAGCUACAUGGUCAAGAGAAUCAUGCCAGUUGAUGAAAGUGACCAUAUGCUAAAAUUUCUUGAAGUAAAAUUUGGGCUCAACACAACAACGGACUUUGUGACCAACUUGCUGCUAUGUCAGGAGGGCUUCCAGGCACCUAGCCAGGACUUCUUCCUGCGCCUGACCCAGGCCUCAGUGCUGCCCUUCUACAUGCUGGUGCUUGUAGUGUGCCUGCUGUCCACUUUGCAAGUCAUCUACAGGAGGCUCAGUGGAGAACCAAUGAAAUCCAACCUGAAGUUGGAAGAUGGGCGAAUAGGAGAGCAGCCAGAGGUCAUCUACCACGUGUUCCACACACUGCUAUUCGGGCUGCUGGCGAUGGUUUUUGAGGGGAUGAAGUAUCUGUGGACACCCUACGUCUGCAUGUUUACGGCGUUUGGUGUGUGCUCUCCAGAGCUCUGGAUGACUGUGUUCAAGUGGCUAAAGCUCAAGUCAGUCCAUCCAGUGGUCCUGGCUCUAAUAUUGAGUACAGCAGUUCCUACAAUUAUUGGAUUCAGUUUGUGGCGGGAGUACUUUCCGCGGGUGAUUACAGAAUUGUCUGAGCUGCAGGAGUUCUACGAUCCAGACACUGUGGAGCUAAUGAACUGGAUUAAGAGGCAGGCCCCGAUGACGGCAGUGUUUGCAGGCAGCCCUCAGCUGAUGGGGGCGGUGAAGCUGUGCUCCGGCUGGACCGUGACCAGCCUGCCCCUGUACACUGACAUCAACCUGCUCAGGAGGAGUGAGAAUAUUUACCAGGUCUAUGCAAUGAGGUCCGCAGAGGAUGUCUACAAGAUCCUCACGUCGUACAAGGCCAACUACGUGAUCAUCGAGGAGACAGUCUGCAGUGAGAUGAGCGCCGUCAAGGGCUGCAGAAUAAAGGACCUGCUGGACGUGUCCAACGGUCAUGUGGUGUAUGAGAAAGGAGAGAUGUACGCCUUCUCCAAAUACAGGCGAUUCUGCCACGAGAUUAAGAUGAACUACUCACCCUACAUCAACUACUUCACCCGGGUCUUCUGGAACCGCUCCUACCACGUCUACAAAGUCAACUCGGUCAUCUCCUUCCAGUACUGAGGCGUAGCGGAGGCCUCCUCUCUCAGCUGGGGUUGUCUCUUGUCUGUUUUCACAGAGACAACUGUUACACUCCACAUGCAUAAUCUUAGCAAGCACUAUGGCAUUUUGCUGGGAAUGGGGAAAACAAAUGGGGCAGUUGUGCUCCAACAAGCAGGCAGCAUAGUUAGAACAUUUUGUGUGCUUGUCAGUAUUCCAAAAUGUUGGUUUAAGAUUCUAGUUAGUUAGCUGAUGUUGUUAGUCAGAUGAACAUAUUUGGCUUCCAUGCUUCGCUGUGAUGUGUUCAUGUGGCCUUGGGAGUAAUUGUGUUUUGUCACAAGAUGAUAUAAGUCAAUGAGAGUGUUUGUGUGGUUGUGCUUGUCUUGGGAUGCACGUUUGUGAUCAAGUGAUGAAGGUAAGUUUGUGUGUGUGUGUGUGUAAGUGAGAGAGAGAGUGUGUGCAGGUGUGUCUAUGCAUGUGUGCCUGGCCGUCAAUGGGUUGUGUGUACGCCAUGAACGUUACUUCUUUAUGUGUAUGUCAGAACCAAAAGUUGAUCUGAAAUGAUUUUAUCCCUCAAUCAUCAGCUCAAAUGAUGUGUGUUAGUCUACAUUGAUAAGGAUGGUGUCUGAGAGCAGAAUGCUUUAAUUCACAACUCUACAGUCUGGACAAGCUGCUCGUAGUCUGGAGACAGAGUGUGUUCUUGUUUCUGUUUGUGAGGGUUCAUAAAUUACGUGGUAAAUGGAGAUCCAUUUAACUUGAGACAAAAUGACUCUCCACUGCCUAGUGUGUGUUUUUUCACAUGGGAGGUGCUUUUAUCAGACGUUCCAGGUUGCCUAGGAAACAGUCUAACUUGACAUACAUAAAAUCAAUAUUCUAUUCUCAAAAAGGUGUGAAAAAAAAACUGAUUCUGAGUAACUGAAACAACUGAAUAACUGAAAAUUACUGAAGCUAUGUAUUUGUCAGUACAGUCCUACUCCCUGUCCCUCUGGUGUAAUAUGAUUUUUUUUUUAUGCAAGACUUACAUUUAGUGCAUGUGUGCUGUUUUAAACUUAUUCAGUUUAUAUUUUCUGUUCUCCCACAAGCUAGUCAUAUAUAUUUGCUGAUUUAUUGUUUUGUUUAGUUUUUUUUUUUGUUUGUUUGUUUUGGCCAUACUGCCUGGUUCACCUCUGUAUGGAGUGAAUGGGGGAAAAAUGCACAUGAGGACAAGCGGUGCUCACCUCAAAGCCUGAUGGGUAGUGAAGGCUGGCCCAGAGUCUAUCCAUUGUUGUAUAUGCAAAGGAUUGCAGCUUCUUUAUAUUCACCCAAAAACUUGACUCGUCUUUCUUUAUGUGUGUGUGUUUUUUGUGGACUGUUUGAGGGCAUUCGCCUCAGUUAGACCUUAGCCACCCUUAAACAUUUUUACUGUAAUAAAUUUUGCAUGACAAGAAGUUCUAGGUCAGAAGUCAUCGCAAAAUGGAGCUCACAACAGCCAGGCCUGUGUAGCAGGGCUCUCUCCUUUCAAUAAUGUCUCACGUAAGUAGAUGUUUGUAUUGCUGAAUUGUCAUGUUACUGUACUGUGAAAGGUUCUGGACCUGGAAUGCCUACUUCUGCGUAACUUUUUUUGGUAGGCUGAAAUUCUAAAAUGGGCAUUUUAGUGUAUUCUUAAAUAGCAGCAGAGAAACCCUGGACUCUAUCUACAAUUAAAUGGUUUUUAUUUUGUCAUGCUUUGUGGUGCUUAAUUCAUG